GGCGCCCCGUGGGCCCGCCGCCCUUUUCCUCCCCAGCGGCGCAAGGUGCUGUGUCCUUCAGUUGAAGCUAAGGCCGUCUCACCCCGGCGACUAGCACCGCGCCCCGCCAUGGCCUCCGUCUCCGAGCUCGCCUGCAUCUACUCCGCCCUCAUCCUGCAUGAUGACGAGGUCACCGUCACGGAGGACAAGAUCAACGCGCUCAUCAAGGCGGCUGGAGUGAACGUGGAGCCGUUCUGGCCCGGCCUCUUCGCGAAGGCUCUGGCCAACAUUGACAUCGGGAGCCUCAUCUGCAACGUGGGUGCGGGCGGCGGCGGGGCCCCGGCUGCGGCUGCUCCUGCUGGUGGUGCUGCCCCGGCAGGCGGUGCUGCCCCAGCCGAGGAGAAGAAAGAAGAGGAAAAGAAAGAAGAAUCAGAGGAAUCUGAUGACGACAUGGGCUUUGGUCUUUUUGACUAAAAAGUUUUGUACCCAUCUGUAAUAAAGAACUUUUCAAUGUA